GGCCACUCUAACGGCCGGUUGAUUAGAGGCGUUGGCAUAGCUGCCGUCUGUCUUUUGCGCCGGCUGAGGCGGUUGGCUGCUGGGGAGAAUGGGGUGGGUAUCCACCUUAGGUUGAGGACACCAAAGGGUAGGAAUAAUCUUUUGUCCCUUUUGGAGAGACACCAUGAGAAGAUACAUGCAGGUCCCUCUCUCUGAGGCCGAUGGAGUCUUCAGAUACAGCCGGACACGGAGACGAACGUUUUUCAGUUUUGGAGUCUGUGGCUGCUGCGGCCCUCUGAGGCCUCGCUACAAGCGCCUUGUGGACAACAUUUUCCCCGAGGACCCCAAGGAUGGCCUGGUCAAGUCAGACAUGGAGAAGCUGACGUUCUACGCCGUGUCUGCCCCGGAGAAGCUGGACCGCAUUGGGGCUUACCUGGCCGAGAGACUGACCCGGGAUGUCUUGCGACACCGCUACGGUUACGUCGUCAUCGCCAUGGAGGCCCUGGACCAGCUGCUGAUGGCGUGCCACUCGCAGAGCAUCAAGCCCUUCGUGGAGAGCUUCCUGCACAUGGUGGCCAAGCUGCUGGAAUCCCAGGAGCCAGACCUGCAGGUCCUUGGGACCAACUCGUUUGUCAAGUUUGCCAACAUUGAGGAGGACACGCCUUCCUAUCACCGGCGCUAUGACUUCUUCGUGUCCCAGUUCAGUGCCAUGUGCCAUUCCACUCACGAGGACAUAGAGACCCGGACCAGGAUCCGCGUGGCAGGCAUCCGCGGCCUGCAGGGCGUAGUGAGGAAGACUGUGAACGACGAGCUGCAGGCCAUCAUCUGGGAGCCGCAGCACAUGGACAAGCUCAUCCCCUCCAUGCUGUUCAACAUGCAGGAGGCCGACGAGUUCGACAGGACGGGCCACCCAAGCUCCCCAGCAGGCACGGAGCGUGAGGAGAACCCGGCGGUGCUGGCGGAGAGCUGCUUCAGGGAGCUACUGGGGAGGGCAGCCUACGGCAACAUGAACAACGCCGUGCGGCCUGUGCUUGUGCAUCUGGAUAACCACCACUUGUGGGACCCCAAUGAGUUUGCGGUGUCCUGUUUCAGGAUCAUCAUGUACUCCAUACAGGCCCAGCAUUCGCACCACGUGAUCCAGCAGGUGCUGAGCCACCUGGACACCCAUAACAAGGACACGCCUCGGGUGCGAGCUGGCAUCGUGCAGGUUCUCCUGGAGACCGUGGCCAUCGCCGCCAAGGGAUCUGUCGGCCCCACGGUGCUGGAGGUGUUCAACACGCUGCUGAAGCAUCUGCGCAUGAGCGUGGACUUCGAGAUGGGCGGCGACUCCAGACGCACCUCCUCCGCCAGCGUGGUGUCGCGCACCAAGGAGAGCGAGGAGAGGAUCGUCCAGAACGCCAUCAUCCAGACCAUCGGCUUCUUUGGGGGUAACCUUCCGGACUAUCAGCGGGCGGAGGUGAUGAUGUUCAUCAUGGGCAAAGUGCCCGUGGACGAGGCACCCAGCCUGGACACCGCCAAGAUCGGGCAACUGGGCAUGAAGCGGAUUCAGAUGAUGCUCCUCAGCUCACUGAUCAUGGUGACGUCCGGCUUCAAGGCGAAGACCAUGUCUGCUGCCCUGCCCCCACCCUUCUUGGAUCCGCUCUUCUCCGUCUCCCUGAUGGAGGACAGUGAGCUCAGGCAACUGGUGCUGGAAAUCCUUCACAACAUCAUCGAUCGCCACGACAACCGGGCCAAGCUCCGGGGCAUAAGGAUUAUUCCCGACGUUGCGGCCUUGAAGUUCAAGAGGGAGAAGAUAUCCAAACAAGAUGUCAGCUUUAUGAAGAAGCAUGGGCAGCAACUGUACAGGCACAUCUACCUAGGCUGCAAGGAGGAGGACAACGUCCACAAGAACUUCGAGCUGCUCUUCACGGCCCUGGCCCUCAUCACCAUCGAGCUGGCCAACGAGGAGGUGGUCAUCGACCUCAUCCGGCUGGCCAUCGCACUGCAGGACAUGUCCCUGGCCAACGAGGAGAACAUGCCCAUGUUCAUCCGCUGCAGCAUCAUGGCUCUGGUGGCGGCCUACCUGAACUUCCUCAGCCAGAUGAUCGCCAACCCGCCGUUCUGUCAGUACGUGGGCAAGGUCCUUGAGAUGAGGAACCUAGAGGCUCCCUAUCUUCUACCUGAGCACGUCUUCAGGGAGAAAUGCCCGCUGCCAGGUUCCCUCGACAUGGAUGACCAGAACUUGUACUUUCAGACCCACGAGAUCGCCGAGCUGUUGGCCGGCCCGAGUUACGGCGUGGACCGGCUGUCGGUGGCAUAUGUGCCACAGGUGACAGAUGAAGACCGCCUCUCCAGAAGGAAGAGCUUUGUAGACACGAUGUCUCUCCAGGUGGACAUCGUCUCCAGCAGCUUACCAGACAAGUCCCAGCUGGCUGAAGAGAUCACCUUCGAGACUCUGAAAAAGGCCAUCGACACGACGGGCAUGGAGGAGCAGGAGAAGGAGAAGAGGAGGCAAGUGAUUGAGAAGUUCCAGAAGGCUCCGUUCGAGGAGAUCGCGGCCCACUGCGAGUCGAAGGCCAAUAUGUUGCAUGACAGAUUGGCGCAAAUUUUCGAGCUGACGAUCCGGCCCCCGCCCAGCCCGUCUGGUGCCGUGACGAUCACCGCUGGGCAUGCCCAGUACCAGUCCGUCCCCGUGUACGAAAUGAAGUUCCCUGAUCUGUGUGUUUAUUAAUUCCGCUGCUUUUAUGCUCUCUGCUGGCACCACUGCCACCAUAUCAGGAGCUCAUCUUCUGUGAACCACCUUCUGGGGAACUCGCUUUUAAAAAAAAAAAAAAACAUGUUCUUAUCCAUUUUUUAUUUAUUUGUUUUUUUUUUGGGGGGGGGGACUUGCACGAUUGCUGGAGAUAUGAAAGGUUAUCUUAAAGGUAGGUAGAUAAGAAUCUGCCCCUCCCCAUUAGAAAAUCUGACGUCAGAUGUUUGAGAUAUUUGACUCCUGAAAGUUUUAGCUGACUUUGGGGGGGGGGGGUGCCUUAUUUUAAGAGGCACAAUGAAAGCCUUUGUGUUGAGUCAGUUCACAUAUCUUGACCUUCUGAAGAAAAAUGAUCAACUUGUACAAUGUAUUUGUGCCCUAAGGCUACUGGAUUUAUGCAACUCUGAUGCAAUCGUGGCAUUUAGGGUCUCUGGUGCUCUGUGGCGGGGAUGGUCGCCUCGACAGUGAGGUCGGCCUGUCACACUGUCAGCUGAGGAUUCUGGGAUGUUGAAUUGAAUGGUUUUUGUAAAAUCUUUGUACGCAGAUCAGGUAGUCAGUCAGUCAGGGAUAAGUAUACUGAUUCAAAGUUAAUUUCAGGGUUGAUAUAAAUGUAUACUGUAUCUUGGACUAUUUGACAGUUAUAAGGGUUAUAUUCUGUGUAUAGUGUGAUAUUUAGGUUUGUCUGCAUGAUGAUGGUGCGAGACACACUUCUCCUAAACGGGCCUCCACACCAGUAUCUUGGCGAGUCUUCAGAGGAUCCUAUCUUGCGGGUUUAGCUUCCUUCGAAGGCAGACUUUGAAGACUAAAAGCAGACCGUUGAGUCUGUCGAGCGACACCUACGUUAAAGGAUGAGGGUGAGAGGCAAGCUAGGCCGUCUUCAGCCAACCUUUGCCGCCAAGAGCUUGCCCGUCGGCAGUGUCAACCGCGUGACUCGGUGUGUGACAUUAAGCGGUAUCCAUGUCGACACGAGGAUAAGCGGUGCUUCUUUUUUGGCGGGAAAAUGUAGACGUGCCACUGGAGGUGGUUCAUCAGUGGCGGUCACAUUCGGGGUGAAAGCCAGUCCUUCCCAAAGACUGUUAGUCUGCAUGUAUCCAUGGGGUAGAGGUUCCGCUGGAAAAGAGACCUUGUUCUGUGACUUGCGAGAGGCAUUUACGAAAACUUAAGUGCAGUUUCAUUUUACUACGUAGAGUGCAGUUGACGGACUCUGUCAUUUAAAUCUAUGUAACAUACCAGCAUUUCUCAACUCAUAAAAACGACAGCAAUGGAAACGUAGUAUAUUCUACCAUUUUAUCAAUAUAAACUUUAAAUUCUGCAAUGCCACAGCUGUUGACUUGUCUUAUAAUGUAAUUCUGUAGUCGGGUAAAAGUAUAAGAACAUAGUUUGCAUGGGCGCUGACGAGGCACCUCCAGGCUGGUCGUCUCAAAGCUUUUUGUUCGGAAAAACAUUCUAAGUCGCACUGUGCGUUAAACGCUUGGCACGUCCGCCAUCUUAAAUUCUGUGGGCCUGACGCAAAAACUGUAGUGCAGCUCUCGGACGUUCCCUUUACCCGCCUGCCCUGCAUAAUCGGUCCAGGCCACAUGCCGGGACUGCCGCCUGGACGACAUGCUAGCAUUGGGCAGCCUUCGGAAGCGCACGUGUGCGCAAAAUCAAAAAUCUGCCCGCUGAGGCUUCCGGAGGAAUCCCUUCGAAGAAUCACUCGUGUGUUGGGAUUCCCGUCUCUUCAAUCACCUGCCAAAGCUGUUCGAUAUCCUGUCGAUUUAAUUGUCUGAAUAGAAUUUGCUUUUACACUUUUUAAGCAAUAAAUAGCAUAUAUAGAUAUGUAGAUGUGUCUCCUGAAGAGUAUUUAGUAUAUUUUAUCUUUGUGAUUUUUACAGCAGACUUGCUGAUUGUACGCGCUUCCCUGCACAUAUUCCGGAAUGCAGGAAGACCAAUAAAGCAGCUUUCUCAUGAUCCGAAUCCGGUAUUUAGGAAGUAGAAGUAGAUGAAAGUGGGUUGAGGAAAUGACGAUCAAUUUUGCUGUCGUUUGUAUAUAGAGAGACUUUGGUGCUGCCGGGCCAUUGGCUGACGUGGCUGGCAGACCCUACAUCAUAAUGUUUAUGUUGCUGAAAUGCACCGUGCCACUUGGGGAAUACUUCGGUUUCCGUUCACGCAUUUGCCCUUUCGCUAUGCGUUUGCUGUACACUGUGGAGGGGGGGGUGCAGGUUGUAUAUGAAUUCAGUCAGUGAGGUGUUGCACUAAACCGACGAAUGGAUGCGGCUCUAUGGUCUGACUGCUUCUCCUUGGCGUUGGGAUCUGUAAUUGGACCCACUGAGCCGCCUCUUGUCGCGGUUUUGGGUUUCCCUCUAAUCGCCGUCUCUCGAGCGGCUACGCACACAGGGCGCUCUUUGUGAACGGCUCCUCCGCUCUCAUGUUCUCUGGGCCAAAUCUUCCUCAUAUUAUCUCCUCUGUUUUGUCUCCUCUUUCAUGCGCGCUGAUCAGAUAACGGAGAGUCCUCUGAGAGAGCCUCGGGACAGAAGCGCGGCGUUUACCUGCCGUAAAUAGCGGCUGUUUCUGGCUCUUUCAGAAGGACGGCACCUGUUAUUUGCUGGAAAUAAGCCCCUUGUUGACCUCUGGGGUGGCUGUAUGACUGAAUGCAGGCUUUACAGGGGUUUCGCUGGCUGUGUAGCUGUUGGAUGUAUUUAUAUCUAUAUAUACCGUAUUUUUUUAUAUCCGCAUCCCCUUAUCACGUUACUGAGCCGUGAGUUUCACGCACAUCGCGCAGUGGGGACUUUGCACAUCAUUAUCGAUUAUAAAUGGCGCUUGGUGUCAUCGCAACACCGUGGGUUAUGCUUUAGUCUUUGUUUUUGACGUGUGAUCCGAGCUUUAGGUUCUCUCUAAGUAGGAUCGGUACUGGUCCUGCUUCUUGCGAAUGCCCCCGCCUUCCCCACAGCAGCAGGUGGUGCCGUUUUCCCCUGGCCGCGUCGAGAGGCUUUUCUCAGACGGUCUGGAACGGAGUGGAGCCUCGCAAGGUCUUUUGUACGUGUUGCACACUUAGCCUCUUUCAGACUGUGUCUAUAGCAGAUUAUGCUCUGAAUCGAACACUGUAUCAGUAGUACUUUGUGCAUCAAGUGCAGUUUAUUGUAAGAGUACAGAUGGUCCAAUUAAAGUUUUAUAUUAAAACCUAAA